AUGAACAGUGAAAGCAAACCAAUCCUUAAGGCAUCUGAUAUUUCCGAUAAACUAAGGGAAGAGAUCUUCCAAAUCACCCAACAAGCCAUCUCAUCCAAUGAACUAGAGAGAGAUAUGGCUAGCACCAUAAAGAAGCAACUAGAUACACAAUUUGGACCAACAUGGCACGUUAUUGUGGGUAAGAACUUUGGUAGUUACGUGACACACGAGAAGGGCUACUUCCUAUACUUUUACAUCGGUCCUCUUGCGUUCUUGGUGUUCAAGACAGCAUAA